UAAAUAAUAAUUAACUGAAUCUAAUAUUUACGAAACCCUUUUUAUUUUCUCCGCAAAAACCCUAUUUUAUUUUUUCUCUUUCUCAAUUCAGAAUCCCUAGAAAAUUCUCUCGCUUCUCGCUUUACCACUUUUUAAUUCUUCGCUGGUGCACAAAAAAUUUCCCUAAUUAUUGGUAAUUCCCGGAACUUCCGAGGGUAAUUUCGGAAACCCGACGAAAUAAUGUCGGGUGCGCCGGAAGCUGCAUCCGUCAUGGCAAGCCGCGAGUUUUUCACAGUCGCUCCGACCAUGUCACCGGUGCCGCCGCAAAAUACGGCUGCCUCACAGCCUCAGCUGGACCAACACAUGCGCGUGAACUACCCGCCCGACGGCGGCGCGUACAGACCACCGACCUCUUCGCCGCCGUACCAACCAAUCCCCGGCGGCGGCGCUGACGUGAACAAGCAGGUGAUGAAUUUGAACUCCGGCGAUCAGAAGCGGAAAAGGGGGCGGCCGAGGAAGUAUGGUUCAGAUGUAAGCGCCGCCAUGGCCAUGGCUUCUGCCCAGCAGCCAUUAAUGCCACCACAAACGCAGACAUUUGCUUCCCCUUUGGUGGGCCCCUCUUCGAUUCCGAUGGAAUCGCAGCCACCGGUAGCAGGUGGAUCGGCCUCACCCACCGGCAAGAAAGCAAGGGGAAGACCACCUGGUUCAAGCAAUAAGAGAAGGCAAAUGGAAGCUAUAGGUUCAACUGGGAUUGGGUUUAUACCUCAUGUUAUCAACGUAAAGCCGGGAGAGGAUGUAUCUUCAAAAAUAAUGGCAUUUUCUCAGAAUGGUCCAAGGGCUAUUUGCAUCUUAUCUGCCAAUGGUACCGUAUCUAACGUGACGCUUCGCCAGUCUGCGACAUCUGGCGGAACUGCCACUUACGAGGGGCGGUUUGAUCUAUUGUCCCUGUCAGGCUCGUUUAUGCAAACUGAUGUUGGCGGUCAAAAAAGCAGAACUGGUGGGUUAAGCACGACGUUAGCUGGACCUGAUGGAAGAGUUUUCGGUGGUUGUGUGGCUGGUUUACUUAUUGCAUCAUCCCCUGUUCAGGUAAUAGUUGGAAGCUUCAUAGCAGAUGGUAGGAGAGACAAGAAAUCAUCAAACUACAUGGAGCACCAGCCUUCAUCUGCUCCGCCUAAAAUGAACCUCGGUGGCAGCAGCUCGCCGUCGAGAGGGACUUUCAGCGAAUCCUCCGGCGGUGGUGCCGCUAGCCCCCUCAAUCUCAGUUCCGGCACUUAUAAUAACAACCACCACCCCCAGGUCAUGUCUGGCUUGCCGUGGAAAUAAACUACCCUUUCUGCGAAAAUCUUACCUUCGUCUUUUUUUUUUUUUUUUUGGCCUGUAUUAUAUUACCGGAGUAAAGACCACGAGGUGUUCUUACAUGUUGAAUGUAGUUUUCUACCCA